UUUGUCUGUGGUAUGUUGUGUGGAUGGGUUUAUUUUCCAGAAGUUUUUAAUUUUAUUUUAGUAAAAUUACGAAGUUUUACUACAAAAAACGUGAAUAAUGACUACGGCAAUCGAUCAAAAAGCCUAUUUACAAAAGUAUCUUGGUGGGGCAUCGGUGGAUAAGAAGAAGAAAAAGAAAAAAAAUGUCAAAGGAAAGGGAUUCAAAAUAAUAGAUGAUGACUUGGACUUAUCAAAGUUGCGUCCACUCGAUGGUGAUGAACUUGAUAUCUUGAAUGAAGGCGAAGAUGCUCCGCAAAUUGCAGGCAUUAUUGACGAGAGGCCUGCGGAGCUGAGAAAAUUGGAAGAUUUUCAAAAUUCAUCCAAAUGGAGAGUUAUAAAUCAGGAUGAUGGAUUCAACAGUAAACUAAGAGUGGAAGAAGUUAAAAGAAAUAAAAAGGAAGUGGAGAAGGAAAACGAAAUUGUGUUUGGUAAAAUGUACAGUGAUUCUGAAGAUGAAGAAAAGAACGAUUCUGAUCCAUCCCCACCAAGAAAGAAUAAUGUUAAAAACUUUGAUACAAAAAAAAAUAAUAAACAUAACAGUGAUAGUGAUUUCAGUCCUCCUAGACGAGAUAAAUCAAAUAAACCCACAAAUGGUGAUAAAAGGUCUAAAGAUGAUCAAAGAAAUGAUAAACAGUCCAAUAAUAAAGUUGAUAGUGACACAAGCCCUCCAAGAAGGAAAGACGAUAGUCAAAACAAAUCUAGAGUUAGAAAACCAUCUAGAUGGGGUGAUUUUACAGCUGAAUCCAAUCCUAGAUCAGAAAGUCCAAAGAGCAGAGAAAAACGUAAAAGUUCUCCAGACAGAAGAAAUAGAAGUAAAAAUGAUGACAGUGACUCAGACAUAUCACCCCCAAGAAAAUCUAGACGCAAAUCACCCAAACGAAACAGAUCGCCAGAUUCUGAUGAAUCACCACCAAGAAGAAGAAAGGAAUCACCUAAAAGGAACAAAGAUCAAGAAUAUUUAGAAUCAAGAAGAUCAAAAGGUAACCAUAAUAAAAGAAGAAACCAAAGUGAUUCAGAUGCAUCACCGCCCAAACAAGAAAGAAAUAAGAAUGAUUCUAAAAGGCUUGAAGUUUAUGAAAUCAAAGACAGUGAUUCCGAUCUAUCUCCACCUAGGCAAGCAAGAAAUAAAAACGAAAGUAAAAAGCAUGAUUCAAAUAGAAAUAAAAAGAGGGAAAGUGAUUCUGAUUUAUCACCACCUAGGCAAAAAAGAAAUAAACAUGACAGCAAGAGACAAGAUUCAAACAGGAAUAAAAGGAGGGACAGUGAUUCUGAUUUAUCUCCCCCUAGGAAAGAAAGAAACAAGUAUGACAACAAAAGAACAAAAAGUAAAACACAGGGCAGCGAUUCAGAUCUCUCACCUCCUAGAAAACAAAAAAAUAAUAUUUAUAAUAAAAGAGUGUCAAAUAAAAGUACAAGACAUGACAGUGAUUCUGAUUCAUCGCCACCAAGAAAAGAAAGAAGCAAAAACUAUCAUGAAAGAAAUACAAGAAACAGUGACGAACCUCCUCCGAGUAACAAAAAAAUGGAGAAAACUUUGGAAGGCAAGAUUGCGGGUCUACAAGAUGCGAGACAAUUGAAGCAAGAGAACGAAGCCUUCAGGAGAAGGGAGGAGGAGGCUUUCAGGAAUAUGACAGAUGAAAUGUCUGGCAGAAAUGCAAAGAUUGUGUCUAGAAAAGGCAAAAGAGAAACUUCAGAAGAGAAACAAAAACAGAGAGAAAAAGCAGAGAGGCAGAAAGUAUUAGAUGAAAAAUACAAAAAAUGGUCCAGAGGAGUUAAACAAAUUGAAGACCAACAGGCGGCAGUGCAGGAUUUCUUGCACGAAGCCGCGAAGCCUCUCGCGCGGUACAAGAACGAUGGCGACCUGGAGAGCAAACUGAAGGACGUGGAGAGGCAGGGAGAUCCGAUGCUGCAGUACAUAAGAGAGAAGAAAAGAGAGAGAGGAGAGUUGGGACCUGAAAAACCAACAUACAAGGGACAAUUUGCACCGAACCGCUUCAACAUCAGACCCGGUUACCGUUGGGACGGGGUUGACCGCUCCAACGGAUACGAGAAGAAGUACUUCGAGCAGCAAAGCAAGAAGAGAGCGCAGGAGGAAGAGGUCUACAAAUGGAGCACAGAGGAUUUGUAAACUUCUGUUUAUACCUCAGACUAAUUACGUAAGGACCAGUAUUUUACCGAAAUUCACAAACAAAAUUAUCUGUCAUUCUCUGAGGAAAAUGAGCUUUUUAUUAGACUAAACUAAAAGUUUUUGUCUGUUUUUACCAUUAAACUACACAAAAAGGUAUUUUUACGGAGAUCUUUAAGCAACGAACACGAUUACAUCUAUGAAACAUCGUCUCUAUAGACAGUUUUUAUAAUCGUAUUAGAUCGUUGAUCAUACACUUUGUCUGAAAAGUAACAACUAUUAGCGAGGCAAGUCCUUGUCUAAUUAGUCCGAUUCAUAAUAGUAAUCUUUCGAGCAGUAAAGAACAAGGAAAAUUUUAGACCUAAAUAGGUUUAAGGUUAAACAGACAUAAAUCAAGAUGUCUUAUUUCAUUUUAUAAAAAAUAUAAUUAUUUUAUUAAAAAUUGCGCGGAAAAGAAAAAAAAGGGGUAAGCGAUAGUUGAAAGUUUACAUCGAGUUUCACGCAGACGAAAUCGAGGGCGUCUGCUAAAGCGAUUCUAUAAACAGUCUAUAGAAUCGAUGUUUACUAGUUGUAAUCGUGUUCGUCGGCUAAAGAGCAUGUGUAGUUGCAUUCAACUACACAUGCUCUUUAGUGUAAAAUACGGGCAAAAACUUCUAGUUUAGUUUAUGAUAUAUACCAAACCUAAGUUUGUUUUCCUCAGAAUGACAGACUUGUUUUGUUUUUGUUUGUGAAUUUAGGUGUAAUACUAGUCCUUAUGUAAUUAGUCUGAGUAGUAACCAUUCCACUCUACAAAAUAUAUAGACUUUUAAAGAAUACACAAUAGGGAUGAUGACAGUGUUUUAAAUUGUAUAUAAAUUAAGAGUACGCUAAUAGUAAAGCAAUUUUGUAAAAGUAACAUGCUAUCUGCGAUCAUUACUUUCGGAGCUACAGGGACUUAAAGGGUCAGGUUUGGGGCGGAUCCCUGAAAAGCGCCCCAUACAAAAUGGUACGAACUUAUGACGUCGUAGGCGCUUAAUGAUCGUUAGAUUUGUAUGAGAAUUUAAAUAAAAUUAUUAAUAUCUUUGUUAUUUCUGCGUUUAUGUUUAUAGUUCACAUAUUUAAAAAUGUUACAUUUAAUGUAAGAAAGCUAAAACUGUAUGAAUUUUCAUCUAAUUACAAUAAAAGAUUUUUAAUAGAUUUUGAAAUUUUAUAAUCUUAUUUAUUUUGCAAACAUCCAGACAAUCUUUGCUUUUUAUAUAUAAAUUAGUUAACAUUGACCUUAUUUACCUGAAUGUAUCAUAAAAAUCAAUAUAUUCUGACCUAGUCAUCAUCCCCAUUGUGUAGAAGGAAAGAUGAAUAUUGAAUACUAGCAGACGCCCGCGACUUUGCUCGCGUGUUAUUCUAUGGGUUUUUCCAGGCUGUCUAUAUGAAUUUCAAAUUUGAGUAAAUUCGGUUCAGUACUCGCGGCGUGAAAGACUAGUAAACAGCCAUACCAUCACAAUCAUCAGUUUUUUGCAAAUAUCCGGAAACCAUGAAUUGUUUCGGGUCAAAGAGUAUAUGUUAAUCCAGAGUAAAAUCUAUUUCUAUUCCAAAUUUCAGCCAAAUCGGUUGCGGCGUUAAAGAAUAACAAACAUACAAACUUUCGCGUUUAUAAUAUUAGUAGGAUUGAUUGUAUAAAAAUAUAGCUAAUAUUAUUAUGUUUAAAAAAAAUAAUCUAACUAUGUAGGUACUAAGCCAUGUUUUUUUAUGAAAUUUAAAUGAAAACUACCAAUGCGAUUUGUCGCACUUGGGAUGUUUUUUUACUCUAAUUAAUGAUCAAUAUCGGAUGUUAUUUUUAUUUAUUUAUUGAUAUUAUACAAACUCAUGAUUUUUAGAUAAAGAUCUUUAAAUAACACUAUUUAAAGGUUAACUCGGUUACCUUCCCUUCAAUAUUAACUGGCUAUAUAUAUUGAUUGAUUUAACGGACAAAACAGUUGUAUGUUAGUUUAUAAAAUGUAAAUACAAAAAUCUUGAUGUAUUAGCAAUUAUUAUAGUAAAUGUUUUAAUGUACAAAAUGAACAA